UCUCUCUCUCUCUCUCUCUCUCCCCUUGCCUCGAUCACUUUUUUUUAAUUCCGAUUUUGCCCCUCUCCGUUUGCAACUGGCCUUCUUAGGCCCAACCUUCCACCCGUGGGCUCGGAAGCGCACCGGAAUCAAUACAUCUCUCCAAGCUCAAGAUUUCGCCGACCAAUCCCAUCGUAUUGAUUACCACACCGAUGAAUACUACAUCGUUCAUGGACAAGCAGAUAAUGGACCUGUCACAAGGAUCAUCACAGCACAACAACGACAUCCUUGACCUGAUGAACAAUUCCCAAGAGGAAGAGCACCAGGUGAGCCAUGCUAAUGGCCUUUCCAAGAAGGAAGAGAUCUUGCCCAACUAUGAUUUUCAACCCAUCCAUCCAAUCACUUCACAAUCCCAAAGUGUUGAUGCUACACUUAAUCUUGGAGGUGGAGGAGGAUCAACUAGGGCCUGGAACUCCCCGGAGUCCAACUCCAACACCAAUACUCCUAUCAGAAAUUAUGGUUCUGUGGAUUCCUUUCAACGAGCAAAAGAUAUUGUGGGGAGAGACCAAAGUGCUCCUGAUGCUACAGUUAUAUCAGAGAUUGACCACACCAUGAAGAAGUAUGCUGAUAAUUUACUUCAAGUUAUGGAAGGUAUUAGUGCACGAUUAACACAACUUGAGAGUAGAACCUGCCACCUUGAGAAUUCUGUGGAUGAUUUGAAGGUAUCUGUUGGAAACAAUCAUGGAAAUGCUGAUGGAAAGAUGAGACAGUUGGAGAAUAUUCUUAGAGAUGUGCAAUCAGGUGUUCGGGAUUUGAAGGUUAAGCAAUCAAUAGUAGAGGCUCAGCUGCAGCUUGGGAAGAUACAGAUAUCAAAUCCCAAGGUAGAUCCUCAACUGGAAUCUCGGAAUGCUUUGAAUGCAGAUUCUGGGCAGACAGUAGCCUCUGCUCCUCAACAAUCUCACCAGCAGCUUCCUGCUGUGAAUGUUCCACCAUCUCUUCCUUCUGUCUCUCCACCAAAUGCUCCUCCACCCCCACCUAUGCACCAAAGUGUACCACCUUCAAUUCAACAUCCGAAUCAGUACUCUCAGAACCAGAUCCCUACUGUUCCUCAGCGAGACCCCUAUUUCCCAGCUGCACCUGGUCAAACUCAAGAAGCUCCAAAUCAGCAAUACCAAUUACCUGCAGGUCAGCAGUCACUCCCCCCUCCUUCGGUACCUCCACAUCAACAAUUUCAGCCUACCAGUCAACCACAGUAUCCCCAGCAACUGCCCCAGCUUCCUCAACAGCACCAUUCUCUUCCACCUGUUAAUCCUUCUCAACUCCAGCCUACCCUAGGCCACCACACUGAAGAGACUCCUUAUGUUCCUUCCCAGACCUAUCCGCCCAGUCUUCGCCAGCCACCUGCUCAGGCACCUAGUGGGCUCCCUCCCUCCCAACAAUACUAUAAUCCAACAUCUAAUGUAUAUGAACCACCAUCUGGCAGACCUAAUUCAGGAUUUUCCUCUGGGUAUGGCUCUCCGGCUGGGCUUAAUGAACCGUAUCAUUAUGGUGGAUCACCUUCUCAAUAUGGUGGUACCUCCUCGAUGAAACCACCACAACUCUCAUCUGCUGCUUCUCAAAGUCAAAGUGGAGGGAGUGGUUACCCACAGCUCCCAACAGCUAGGGUAUUACCGCAUGCAGUGCCAACUGCUUCUGGCGUAAGUGAUCGAUCGGGUUCAGCUGGGACUGGUAACAAGGUUCCUAUUGAUGAUGUGAUUGACAGAGUGACGAGCAUGGGUUUCCCGAGAGACCAUGUGAGGGCAACAGUUCGGAAGCUGACAGACAACGGUCAGGCAGUUGACCUGAAUGUUGUGUUGGAUAAGCUGAUGAAUGAUGGGGAUGUCCAGCAACCUAGAGCUUGGUUUGGUCGGUAGUUUCAUGUGUUCGAUACUGAGGUUCUUUUUUCAGUUGAUGUAUAGGAACUAUCCAUUUGUUUCUAGGUCUUUUUUAUAUAUAACUUGACAUAUAUGGAUUGGUAUAAGGAGUUUCCUGUGCUUUGGCUUCAUUAUAUCUCUUGCACUUGUUUUAUUGCUUGCCCGGCUUUCCUGAUUUUCAUCUCGCUU